CUGCCAGCGACCCCGCUCCCGCCUCCAACAAAUCCACCACGCAACACAAGAGGCGUGUCUAAGCCGACCAGCCCAAACCCAAAGAUACACCUCGAACGCCAUCCUAAACGUGGCCGACGGGGAGGCGCCCCUCCGAAAUCAAUUCAUAAUAUGCCAAUCAUGGAGUCCGAUAUACAAUUCGCCCAACCUACCGACGCGCCAAAGCUCGCCGAGGUGUUCUUCGCCGCCUUCUCUGACCGUUUCAACAGAACCAUGUUCCCGGAUAACCCGGAUGUGCGCGCCUGGUUCGAGAAGAACAUUCUCUGCGGCGAGGGCAUACCGGAUGACCAAAUUAUGCUCAUGGUGACGGACUCCUCGAACCCUGACGUGGUGGCGGCGUUUGCGAAAUGGGUUCGCCCCUCAUCUGUGUCAUGUGCGGAUCACGAUCGGCAGGCUGAGGCUCCAGUCGAGUGGCCCGAGAGCAGUGAUGGCGAUCUAUGCGAUCGGUUCUUUGGAACGAUGGAUGGGCAUCAUAAGGAGAUUAUGAAGGGGAGGCCUCAUUAUUAUCUCGACCUACUAGGAGUUCAUCCAUCCUACCAAGGGCGCGGCCUGGCCUCUAAGCUGCUGCGAUGGGGUCUCGCCCGUGCCGAUGAAGAAGGCGUUGAAGUCUAUCUCUCUAGCUCCCCAGCCGGCAGGCCGCUAUAUGAGAGAAAUGGAUUCCAAGUUUUGGAUGGGCGGUUCUCGCCUUACCCUGGCUAUGAACAAGUAAAUAUGAUUCGUCCUGUUCAGAGUCAAUGAGUGGAUAGACAUCAUGUGUCUUCUUACUUUCUUAUGGAUCUAUUCAAUGUUGAUUGAACUAAAAAGACCGCCAGCGGUGUUUGGAUAGGCUUGGUCUAGUACAUAAUUUCACAUAUAUUACAUCUACGGAGGCUGAUAUUAUUUCACAAGGCGCAAUGAGGACAAACCAUCAUUCCAUCGUCAUUCGUAAUCAUAACCCCGCAAAGAAGAUCACUUUGACUUUGCUCCAGAC